AUGUCUUCUCCCCACUCUCCCUUGGGCCCAAGAUCCACAGAAUCCCCCAAUGCAAUAAAUGUCAAUAGCCCAAACUACAUUGCAGAACUGGGUGAAGUCCCCUCACACAACCCCCCUCGUGGCCAUACCUAUGCCCCUAACCAUGGUGGUCAAGGUGGGCAUCACCACCAUAACCAUGGUGAUAAUCCCAAUCGCUCCUACCAUUGCGAAUCGAGCGAUGACACUAUGAGCGUCUUCUUGCAAUCCCCUCUCUUGCAGCCCCCUUAUGUACCAGCCUCUCGCCUUGCAGAGGAACUAGCCAUUAAAAAGGAGGCAUACACCUUUACUGCCCAGGUCAAAGCAGACCACAAAAAGAGACUUUCCAGUCAACUCCAGCACAACCACCACCUCACUCUAGAUAAUCAGAGACAAAAGCGCUACAGUAACCAACAAUCUCAUACCCCUGCAAUUAAGCAACAUGCUCCUGCUCCCAUGACUACCUCUCAAAUCAUUGUGGAUGCCAUCAACACCCCUGUAAAUAAUCCUAACCCUGUCCCUGUUGAUACCGCUCCCACUGUGGAUUCUGGCCCUGAUGUCCUUGACAUCAUUGUGAGAGCUGAAGAGCUUGAUUUGAGGCAUAGCACCCACCUCCAUGGUGUUGCUAAUGAGGACUUCUUUGGUAGAGCCCUUAUUACUGGCCUUGUCCUAACAAACCUCCUGACAAUGAUCCUCUUGCUAGCUGCCAUGAACUCAAUGGGCAUAACUUCUACUAGCUAG